UCCAACUUUAAUUAACAAUGGCAUCAAAACCGUUUUCUCUCUUCGUCAUCCUUCUUACUCUACUAUUUCAUGUGGUUUCAUCAAAGCCAUCUCCAUAUGAUUUUAUCAAGCAUCUUCAAGGAGCUCACAAGGGAGACCAUAUCCAAGGCCUCCACGACCUCAAACAAUACCUCGAGAAGUUCGGUUACUUAGAUUACCACUCCAACCAAACCCACGCCAACGACGACGAUUUCGACAGUCUCUUACAAUCCGCCGUCAAAACGUACCAGCUCAACUACCAUCUCAACGUCUCAGGUGAUCUAGACGCAGAGACAGUAUCGAAGAUGAUGAUGACACGUUGCGGUGUGGCUGAUAUUAUCAAUGGCAACACUCGAAUGGAAUCGGGAAAGAACAAUCACGACCAUGAUGGUCAUGGAAGCAACUCCUUCCACACAGUCUCUCAUUAUUCUUUCUUUCCGGGAAAGCUCAAAUGGCCAGCUUCUAAACACCACUUGACCUAUAAAUUCGUAGGUGGUAACUUCCCAUCCGAAGCUGUGGGACCCGUUUCCCGAGCUUUUCGGACCUGGGCGCAUAACACCCACUUCAGGUUCACCCAUGUCCAAGAUAAGCGUAAAAAGGCAGACAUUACCAUUAGCUUUAACCGUGGUAACCAUGGAGAUGGAGUGCCUUUUGACGGAGAAGGAGGAACGUUGGCUCAUGCUUAUGCACCGACGGACGGAAGGUUCCAUUACGACGCCGACGAGCCUUGGUGUGUCGGUGCUUCGCAUGGUGCCUAUGACUUGGAGACCGUGGCUUUGCAUGAGAUAGGUCACCUUCUUGGGCUCUUACAUAGCUCCGUGGAAGGUGCUAUCAUGUAUCCAACCAUUGAUUCUGGUGUGACCAAGGGUUUGCAUAGGGAUGAUAUUCAAGGAAUUAAGGCCUUGUACAAGAAAUGAAAAAGGUGUGGACGAUUGAUUAUCAUGAAAUUUUAUUAUUUCACAUGAAUUAAUUAAUUGAAGUCUAUGGAAAUUUUAUUUCAUUAAU